UCCGUUGGCUCCACCUGGUGGAACGCUGGACGUGGGCCGAAAAGUCUGACCGGCCGGUUCCCCUGGGGCUGCAGUCCAUGGGCUUGAGACCCCAGCAUGGUGAACUACUACGAGGUGCUGGGUGUGCCCCGUCAGGCCUCAUGUGAAGCAAUCAAGAAGGCGUACCACAAGCUGGCACUCAAGUGGCACCCUGACAAAAACCCUGACAAUAAGGAGGAAGCGGAGCGGAGAUUCAAACAAGUGGCAGAGGCCUACGAAGUGUUGUCAGACACCAAGAAACGCGACAUCUACGACCGCUACGGCAAGGUGGGCAUGGAUGGUGGCAGUGGCGCCUGUGGCAGGCCCUUCGAGAACCCCUUUGAGUUCGUCUUCACCUUCCGCGACCCGGCUGAUAUCUUCAGGGAGUUCUUUGGUGGCCAGGACCCAUUUUCGUUUGACUUCUUCGGAGACCCGUUUGAGAACAUUUUGGGCAGUCGGAAGAGCUCCCGAGGAAGCAGAAUCAGAGGGUCUGAACCCUUUUUCUCCACCUUCAGUGAAUUUCCAGCCUUUGCGGGUAGUUUUUCUUUUGAUACAGGAUUUACUUCCUUUGGUUCCCUGGGAAAUGAGGGCCGUUCUUCCUUCUCCAUGUCUGGUGGUGGUGGUGGGACUGGCAGCUUCAAGUCCAUGUCGACUUCCACAGAAAUAGUUAAUGGCAAAAAAAUCACCACCAAGAGAAUUAUUGAGAAUGGCCAAGAAAGAGUGGAAGUGGAAGAAGAUGGAGAGUUAAAGUCCCUCAAAAUAAAUGGCAAAGAGCAGUUGCUACGCAUUGAGACCAAGUAAUUCCAAUCCAAAUGUGCUUUGACUUUAAAGCACGUUUUAAGGAAUAGCAGGACGUUUUUGUUUUAAGAUUGCUAGUGAACUCUACUUUCAGAACAACUGUACCCAAGAAUUUAUAAACACUUCAUGCCAACUCCUAUUUGUUGUUAUUAGUGGGACUACACAAAUGGAACCUCUGUCUUUAAAACUGUUGUAAAUAUCUGUAUGCACUUUGAUAUUUAUUAAACUUCAUACUGAGGCAUAUGAUUAUUUUGUAGUGAUAACACAAAAUGUCACCAUAGCCCCUUGAACCUUACCUUUUCCUUUUUGUUUGAAAUAUAAGCCAUUUUAUUUGCUCUGAAUAAUUUUUCUUCAAUUUUUUAAUAUGUGGUCGUUUAAAGAUAUGAAUAUGUUAAUACUUCUGGUUUAAAGAUGGAUGUUAAUUGUGCAUACAUUCUGGUAAUGUAGGAAGAGUGGAAAUACAAUGUUAGAAGUAGGUUUUUUUUAAAGCAGAUAAACCUGGCAAAGGGGUGUAUAGGUUUCCUAUGGAUGCUGUAACAACUUGCCACAAAAUUAGUGGCUUAAAACAACACACCAUUUAUUUCUCUUAAAAUUUUGGAAGUCAGAUGUCUGAGAAACCUUUUACUGGCUGAAAUCAGUGUCAGCAGAAACAUCCUCCCUCUGAAGGCCAAAGGCAAAAUAGUUAAGUAAAUGCCUUAAGGUACAUGGUUGGUUAAUGGCAUGUUAGGACUAUAGUCAAUUCUUAACUUGCUUCUACAACUAUGGCAGAUCCUGGAAAUGUAAAACAGCAUUUCCAUAAGGCUACGC